AUGUCUCUGAUGUCUUCCCUUCUUCUCUCCCUCCUCCUCCUCCUCGACCCGGCCGCGGCGGUGCGGGGCGAGCCCGGGCUCCUCCUCGCGAAGCACGCCCCCGCCUCGGUCGUGGCCGCCCCCGGCCUGAGCGGCAGCGGCGGCGGCGGCGGCGUCGGCGGCGAGCAGAAGGCCGCGGGGGCGGCGCUCUUGGCCACGCCCCGCGCCCGGCGAUCGCUCGCGAGUACCGACACGUACGGCACGAUCUUUGGGCGCAAGAUCGGGCAGACGAUGCAGAUCUUUGCGUACUCGAGCGACACGGCAACGAUCGGUACGUCCGGCGUGCUCAUCGACGCGGACACCGCCCUCUCCUGGCAAACCGUCGAGCUCGCCUUUGCCAACGGCGUGAUCGAGAGCGUCGCCGCCGAGAACGGCCUCACUGCGACUAUCAAAACGAACAACAAGGAAGUCGGCGUCGGCGACAUGGCUGGCUCGGGCGACACCCACCCCGCCGGCCUCGUCAUGACUGUCACCUUCACCUCCGGCACGGACAUGGACAGCGUGUACAUCGACUUCUCGUCGAGCACAACCGUGAUCUGCAUCUUGACCUGCGUCCCGUUUACCUCGACGCCCCGUGUGGCGACCGUCGUGCAGGACAAGAGCAACAACCUCUACCUGUUUGCCUCGCCCAACACGCCCACAGACGGCAAGGCUUCGACCAUCGAGAUUGCGGUCACGGGCGCCGUUGACGAGAGCGACAUCACCCCCCUUCUCACUGACAUGACGCUGCAGGUUGGCAGCGGCUUCUUCGGGCUGACCAUCCUCGACGGCACGUCGAAUCUCCCCGACGGCGAGGCGAUCGCCGUCGCGUCUCGGCCCCUCCUCGACAUCGACGUGGACUCUGUGACGACCGCGGUCGUCGCCUCUCCCGCCGCCCCGGGAUUCGACGCGCUCAUCUUUGUCAUCGGGGCGGCCUUCGACCCGUGCGUCUUGUGCAACGCAAUCAUGACAAAGACUGGCAAAAGGCCCCGUUUGUACGGAAACCCGUGCCUGCCUGGCGACCCGACGAAAACCUACAAGGACGGCCCCAAAUCCACCGCCGACCUCGUCCAGUUGACUACCGAGUGCUACACGAACAUCGCGGACGAGAGUCCGGUGCGCCGCUGCGUCUAUGACUACAAGGAGGGGCUGGAAAUGGAUGCGAUGGGGGCGCAGUACUACGACGCGAAGUGGGUCAAGAAAGCCAUAACGCGGCUGGUGCUCGUGGAGACUUUGGGUGGCAUUGCGCCGCCCACCAAGCAGUUCCUCCACGUGUUCGCCAAGGAAGCGGUGGGCACCAACACGGACCGGACGACGGUGUAUGGGGCGGCGUCGGCGAGCGCCUCCUCCUUCGUCGUCCACCACACGCAGCAGAUCUCCAUGGCGGCGGUGGCGGGCGACGCCGAAAACAUCAACAAGCAGGCGCGCACUGUGCGCACCAACUGGAUCAAGAACAAGCAAGCGGCAAACGGCCUCUUGUCCUCGGCCCCAGUGGGGGGUGCCCGCGCCGCCUAG